CUGUGGUGCCUCUGUGAGUCGUGAAGCUCGACCUGUCUCUGAUCAUCGUGUGUCUUCUUCCCAGGUUUCCAUCAAAUACAGUGAACAGCGACCAACAACAGAAGAAUGGCAGCCAUUCCAGCAGGCGGUUCUCUCGUGGCGACCACUGACUACUACCGAAGGCGCAUCGGCUCUACGUCCAGCAGCAGCUCGUGUGGCAGUUCGGAGUACAGCGGAGAGGUCAUCCCUCACCACCCAGGGCUCCCCAAGCAGGACUCUGGUCACUGGUGGUCCAGUUUCUUCUUUGGGAAGCAGCCAGGGAUGACCCCACUGACUGAGGAGGCACAGCAGAAGGCGGGGGUCCCAGGUACGUUGACAAAUGGUCAGAUCACCUGCGUUGCCAAGGAGAUGGUGAUGCAACGGCAGGUGAGCGAGAGCAGCGACGCAGGAAGCCCCACCGCCUCCUGAUGCAGCCAAGCCUCAGUCUGCUCCACGCCGCACCUCGGGGGGAAUCAAACCAACACGACCAACGCUAGGUGACGGGAGGACGUCCCGUUUACAACCUUAUUAGUUUUUUUUUUUUUUUUUUUAUACUAUUCCUCAUCGUAGUGUAGGCUGCCUUACUUGUUUUUGUUCGGUAACCUUGUGUGUAUUUUUUUAUUGACAAACAAAAAAGAAUAAAAAAUGACAGGAAAAAAAAAACAAGACGAUGAUGAAAGUGAUAAGCUCCUUAUUUGUGUUUUUAUAAACAUUUGUACUGUUGUGUGUUUGUAAUCCUGUGGUGCUCAGACACUGUGGUGCGUUCACAUCCACAUGCCUUUGUUCAACAUUUUACACUUCUGUCACCCUGUGAUGCAAUAAAAGUAGACUCUUGCAGCCUAAA